CGGCAAUGCCACUCAAGGGCAUACCGGAUCCGAGUGACCGGCCCGUCCCCCUAUAUCUGCCUUGCUUGCCGACGAUUUCAUUCGGUCGCUUGAGUUGAAGAAAUUCUACAUUUAGCCGCCUGUUCGAGACACUCGAAGAUUGCAGCAUAACUUCAACGCCUCUCUACGGAUACAGCAAACGAGCUGAACAUAGCAGCACUUUUUCUUUUCAACUUGCAAGAGCUCGGGUGUGAAAUCAUGACGAUUGACACCGCCCAAAGGCCCACCGGGUCUGUGGUCAUUAUCGGCGCUGGAACUCAAGGCCGACGACUUGCAUUCAUGUGGUCCCAAAGAGGCGGCUCUGUUUGUCUCGUCGAUUUUCAGAGUCAGCAAUUGCAAGACGGUCUGAGCUAUGUCAAUCAGCUUCGUCGCAAUGCAGCAGUCGACCACGAAGCAAAUUGGGGAGAGGUUACGGUUGCCCAUCCAGACUCCUUGGAAUCAGUCCUUCAGGAUGCAUGGCUGGUUGUGGAGUGCGUGCCCGAGAACUGGGCAUUGAAGCAGAAGCUCAUCCCCCAGCUUGAUGGUCUAGCUCCAGCGCACACCAUUAUUGCUUCCAACUCGAGCAGUUACGGAAUUUCCGAGAUUAUCGAGGGCCUAGAUCUGAAGCACAAAAACAGGAUAUUGAGCGCACACUGCUACUGGCCUCCAGAGACCUCAGCAAUUGAAAUCAUGGGACAUCAAGAUACUGAUCCCGCCGCCAUCUCCCUUCUAUUGGAGGAAUGCAGAGCCCAUGGAUUCUCACCCUUUCAUGUAAAGAAAGACUCUAUUGGAUACAUUUACAACAGAAUUUGGGCCGCUAUCAAGCGCGAAACCCUACUAGCACUCUCCGAGGGUGUUUGCACGCCUCGAGAGAUUGACGCAAUUUUCAAGGACGUUCUCAAAACACCCAAAGGGCCUUGUGAACAGAUGGAUGUGGUCGGCCUCGAUGUGGUGUUGGAUAUUGAAAACCAUUAUGCAGACUCCCGAGCUGGUAUCCCUGCCGAGCCGAGAGCGUACCUUCAGAACAUGAUUCAGAGCGGGCGUUUGGGCGUUAAGAAUGGGGAAGGGUUCUACAACUACGGCAAGGAAACCGCCGAUAACAGCAAUGGGAUGAGCAUGCCGAAUCUGUAG